CCAACAAGAUGAUGAGAAACACUUACUUGCUAGCAUUGCUCUUGUUUGCAUUCAUUGCUAAUGCUUUGGCAGGUGCAGCAUCUAGUAGCGUUUUGGACUUGACAAAGACGGCAGAUUUCGAAGCAACAGUUGGAAAACAAAAAGGUGCAUUGGUCGAAUUCUUUGCUCCAUGGUGUGGUCAUUGCAAGAAGUUGGCACCUACAUAUGAAGAAUUAGGUGAUGCAUUCGCAUCAAAGAAGGACUCAAUCGUUAUCGCAAAAGUUGAUGCAGAUGCAAAUCGUGAAUUGGGUCAACGUUUCGGCGUUCGUGGAUUCCCAACUUUGAUGUGGUUCAAGCCAAACAGUCUAGAACCUGAAACAUACGACGGAGCAAGAGAUUUAACAAACCUGAAAAAGUACGUAGAGGAACAAAGCGGUAAACGUGCACAAAACAAACCUGCAGUUCCCUCAAAAGCCGUUCAACUGGAUUCUAACAACUUCAAUUCGAUCGUAAAGGACUCAAACAAGCACGUCUUUGUGGAAUUUUAUGCACCUUGGUGUGGAUUCUGCAAAAAGGUUGCUCCUGUGAUCGAACGUGUUGCUGCUGCAUUCGAAAAUGAAGAUGAUUGUGUUGUCGCUCAAAUGGACGCAGACAAUGCGGCAAAUCGUGAAUUUUUGACAGCAAACAAUAUCGAAGUUUCAGGUUAUCCAACUUUCCGUACUUACCCUAAAACCAAAAAGGAUACGCCCGAAAAGUUCCAGCAAACUGCAGAUAUGGACGAAACGGAAGCCAAGAUGAUUGAACACAUCAACUCUCACUGCUUCACACAUCGUAUCGUUGGUGGUGGUUUGUCAGAUUUGGCUGGCCGAAUCCCUCUUCUCGACACUCUUGCCAGUCGAUUCUACGUCUCUGACCCUAAAAAGGAUGAACGUAAGAAUAUCGUUGAAGAGACAAAAUCUUUUGUUGAACGUGUCAGCAAAUCUACUAAUGCAUCUGAUGCGAAGAACGCAGCAGCAGCAUAUUACAUCAAAGUGAUGGACAAGACGAUGGACGAACCUUCGUAUUUGGAACGUGAAACGAAGAGAUUGGCAAGUUUGAUGAAAAAGCAUACAGAAGGCACAAGUGUUUUGGUUGCGCGCAAAUACGACGACUUAAAGAGAAGAUCAAACAUUUUGGCCAGCUUUGCCAAAAAAGAAAUGAGUGAAAAAGCACGAGAAGCUGCUGAAAAGAUUACAAAAGGAAAAGAUGAAUUAUGAUUGCUCCUGUACAACUUUAUACAAAAUACUCUUCAGUUAAUCUUGUACGUACAAGGAUAAAUACAAAAUGAUGGGAUGUUAAAUAGUAGUAUACAAAUCUCCAAAUGAUAAGAAAGUGACGUGAGAG